GCCGCGCCGAGCCACGGAGAUGUGCUCGACGCCCGGGCUGCCGACGCCGGGGGCCUCGCUGGUUCUGCGGGUGUCUUUCGUGGACGUGCAUCCCGAGGUGAUCCCCGUGCAGCUAUGGGGGCUGGUGGGCGAACGGAGGGACGAGUACCUGAGGCUGAGCCGGGAGAUCCAGGAAGCAGCGGCCACGCGCGGCCCGUGGGCUCUGGGCGGUGCCUCGGCCUCGCCGGGUGAGCUCUGCCUGGUGCAGGUGGGGCUCUUGUGGCACCGCGGCCGCGUAGUCAGCCGGCAGGCGCAGGAGAGCCGCAUCUUCCUGCUGGACGAGGGCCGCACCAUCACGGCCGGCGCGGGCUCGCUGGUGCCUGGGCGCAGCGAGUUCUUCCACCUGCCUUCGGAGGUGCUGGGCUGCGUGCUGGCCGGCCUGGUGCCGGCGGGCGGCGGCGGCGCGGGCGGGGGCGAGCCCCAGCACUGGCCGGCCAGCGCCAUGGACUUUCUUAGCAACCUGCAGGGCAAAGAGGUGCACGGGCGGGUCCUGGACGUGCUGCUCCUCCACCGCCUGGUCCUUCUGGAGGUGCCUUCUCUGUUCCAGCAGAUGCAGGAGCUUGGCCUGGCCCGGCAGGUACCCCACAGUCUCUUCCGCUCGCUGCUCAAGCGUUAUCUCUCAGCGGCCACUGGUGACAUGGGCUCCGGGACUCCAGUCUUCCAGCGAGUCCUGCCCAAGCAAGAGCAGCCUGGUCUGGAUUACUUCUAUCCCCAGCUGCAGCUGGGCGUGACGGAGCCCGUAGUGGUGACCCAAGUGUGCCAUCCCCACCGCAUUCACUGCCAGCUCCGGAGCUUCUCGCAGGAGAUCCACCGCCUCUCCGAGAGCAUGGCCCACAUAUACCGGGGCUCCCCGGGGAAAGGGGGUGAGAACUCCACCAGUGCCACCUGGGAAGAGAGGGAAGAGAGCCCGGACAAGCCUGGCUCUCCGUGCGCAUCAUGUGGAUUGGAUGGACAUUGGUACAGGGCUCUCCUGCUUGAGACUUUUCGGCCUCAGCGCUGUGCCCAAGUGCUUCACGUAGACUUUGGCAGGAAGGAGUUAGUGAGUUGCAGUAGCCUGCGCUACUUGCUGCCUGAAUAUUUUCGAAUGCCUGUGGUGACCUACCCUUGUGCUUUGUAUGGACUCUGGGACGGUGGCAGAGGCUGGUCUCGGUCACAGGUCGGUGACCUGAAGGCACUGAUACUGGGUCAGUCUGUGAAUGCAAAGAUUGAAUUUUACUGUUCCUUUGAGCAUGUGUAUUAUGUCACCCUGUAUGGUGAAGAUGGGACUAAUCUUAACUGUGUAUUCGGAGUACAGUCCUGUUGCUUGGCUGACCGAUUCCUUCAGAGCCAGGGAGUAGAGGAGGAGGAGGAAGGAACCAAAAACAGCUCCAUAGAAGUGGAUGAAGAGCUUUCACCCCCAACCUUAAGGUCUAUUGGGUUAAAGAUGAAUGCAUUCUAUGAUGCCCAGGUAGAGUUUGUUAAAAAUCCUUCUGAGUUUUGGAUUAGGUUGAGGAAACACAGUGGCACCUUUAGCAAGUUGAUGAGGAGAAUGUGCAGUUUCUAUUCCUCUGCUAGUAAGCUGGAUGGUGUCGUUCUGAAGCCGGAACCUGAUGACCUGUGCUGUGUCAAAUGGAAAGAAAAUGGCUAUUAUCGGGCUAUGGUCACCAGAUUAGAUGACAAGAGUGUGGAUGUAUUCUUAGUUGAUCGAGGUAAUUCAGAAAAUGUGGACUGGUAUGACGUAAGGAUGCUGCUUCCUCAGUUUAGACGGCUACCGAUAUUGGCUCUGAGGUGUACUCUGGCCGAUAUUUGGCCUUUGGCAGAAACUUGGAGCCAGGAGGCAAUUUCGUUUUUUAAAAAGACUGUGCUCCACAAAGAAUUAGUUAUCCAUGUCCUUGAUAAGCAGGAUAAUCAAUAUGUUAUUGAGAUUCUUGAUGAAUCAAGAACAGGGGAAGAAAACAUUAGUAAGGUAAUUGCUCAAGCUGGAUAUGCCAAGUAUCAGGAAUUUGAAACAAGGGAAAAUAUUUCUGGAUGUGCCCACUCCCCAGGGCAUGUUUCAAACCAUUUUACUGCAGGGAAUAACAAAAUAUCUUCUGCCAAGAAGGUAGAAGUAGAACAGGAAGCCAAGAGAGAGAAUAAAGCAUCUGUUUCAGAAGCUUUGACUGACACAACAGUUGUUGCAAAUGUUUCAGCUGGAUUAGUUAUACAGAAAAAUGAGAAAAGAGUGUCUGUUUAUCCUCCUCUUAUACAGAAUUUUUUGGAAAUUAAACCAGGCUCUUCUUGUAAAGGAGAAGUAGAAGUUGGAAGUACAGUAGAAGUCAAAGUGUCAUAUGUUGAAAAUCCUGGCUAUUUCUGGUGCCAGCUGACCAGGAACAUGCAAGGAUUUAAAACCCUAAUGUGUGAUAUUCAGGACUAUUGCAAUGAUGCCCCUACUCCUUACCAAGGAGCUACUACCCCUGCUUGUUUGGCACUACGAACAGUAAAUGGAAAAUGGGCCAGAGCUCUAAUCAGUGGGGCGCAAUCACCAGAGCAUGUCAAAGUAGUAUUUGUGGAUUAUGGAGAUGAAGAUAUGGUAUCUAUGAAGAAUAUUUAUUCAAUUAGGGAAGAGUUUCUCAAAGUUAAGGCGCAGGCUUUUAGGUGCAGUCUUUAUAAUUUAAUUCAACCAACUGGUCAAAAUCCUUUCGUUUGGGAUGAAAAGGCGAUACAGGCUUUCAGUGAAUUUGUAGAUAAUGCAUGGGAAGACAAUCUAGAAUUAAAAUGCACAAUAUUUGCUUUGGCAUCAAUACAUGAUGAAGAACUGUUUAAUGUCGUGGAUUUGCUAACGCCCUUUCAGAGCGCAUGCCAUUUUUUGGUAGAAAAGGGACUUGCGAGACCAGUUAAACUUCAGAAGCCUCUGGAGUCCUCUGUUCAGCUACAUUCUUACUACUAUUCUACUCAUGAUAUGAAAAUUGGAAGUGAAGAGUCAGUAUAUAUAACACAUGUUGAUGACCCUUGGACAUUUUAUUGCCAGUUGGGAAGAAAUGCAAAUAUAUUAGAACAGUUGUCAUGUAAUAUUACACAACUAAGUAAAGUUUUGCCAAAUUUAAAAACGUCUCCUUUGAUCCGUGGAACUUUGUGCCUUGCCAAGUAUACUGAUGGAAAUUGGUAUAGGGGGAUAAUUAUAGAAAAAGAACCAAAUAAAGUCUUCUUUGUUGAUUUUGGGAACAUUUAUGUGGUAACAAAUGAUGAUCUGCUUCCAAUACCUAGUGAUGCAUAUGAUGUCUUACUUUUGCCCAUGCAAGCUGUUAAAUGUUCAUUAUCUGAUGUUCCUGAUCGUAUACCAGAAGAAAUUACAACAUGGUUUCAGGAGACGGUUUUAGAUAAGUCAUUGAAGGCUUUGGUUGUAGCAAAAGAUCCAGAUGGGAGACUGAUUAUAGAACUAUAUGAUGACAGUAUUCAAAUUAAUGCUAACAUUAAUGAGAAACUAGGGCUACUUGGUUACAAAGGUGGGGCAAGAAAAAAAGUAAGUGAAGUACUCUCUAGAGUAGAAACUCUUGAAGUAAAAAAGGAAAAUAUAAACUUGUCACCUAAGGAGUAUUUAAGUAAAUCAGUAGAGAACAAAUUAUGCAAUAUGGAGAUCUUAGGAGAGUCAUACAAACCUAAGAUCAGUUCAGCAUGUAAAGAGCUCAAACUUUUGCAGAGUUCAACAAAGACAAACUUUGUCACUCAACAUCAGGAAUCUACGGGAAAUAAAAACAAUCAAGUGUCUUCAUUAACAACAACAAAAAAAGAAGAAAGUUUUGCUGACCCACCACCUUUGAAAGCUACAAAACUAGAACCCACUCUUUCAGAAAGGAAAACAGGAGAUUCAUGUAACAAAGAUUUGCCUCUAAAAUUUUCUGAGUUCCCUCAGAAGACUAUAAUGCCUGGCUUUAAGACAAUUGUAUAUGUUUCUCAUAUAAAUGACCUUUCAGACUUUUAUGUUCAACUAGCAGAAGAUGAAGCCGAACUUAAUCAUCUUUCAGAGAAAUUAAAUAAUGUUAGUAGAAGGCCUGAAUGUUUUGCAGGUCCACGUUUGCAAAAAGGAGAUAUAAUAUGUGCGACUUUUCCAGAAGAUAAUUUAUGGUAUCGUGCUGUGGUCAAGGAACAACAACCAAAUGACCUCCUCUCUGUACAAUUUAUAGAUUAUGGCAACGUUUCUGUGGUUCAUACUAACAAAGUAGGUAAACUUGACCUUAUUAAUGCAGUGUUACCAAGAUUGUGUAUUCACUGCUCCUUAAAGGGACUUUGGGUUCCUGAGAUUUUAAACUGUAAAGAAAUGAUGCAUUAUUUUUCCCGAAGGACAGAUGAGGCUCAAAUAAAAUGUGAAUUUGUUAAAUUUCAAGACAAAUGGGAAGUUAUUCUUGCUGAUGACCAUGGUAUCAUAGCAGAAGAUAUGAUUAGCAGAUUUGCUGUCAGUGAAAAAUCUGAAAUAGGACUUUCUACCCAAAUAAUUAAAGGUACCUUUUCAAAGUCUGUCAGCAAGACAGACAUCGACACUUCAGUAUUCCUUAACUGGUAUAAUCCAAAGAUGAAACUGAUAAGAGCUUAUGCCACCGUGAUAGAUGGGCCUGAAUAUUUUUGGUGUCAGUUUGCCGAUACUGAGCAACUUCAGUACUUAGAAGUAGAAGUACAGACUGCUGGAGAACAGGUAACAGAUUGGAGAAGUUGUCCUCGUAUUGGAGACCCUUGCAUUGUGAGAUACAGAGAAGAUGGGCAUUAUUAUAGGGCACUUAUCACCAGUAUUUGUGAAGAUUAUCUUGUAUCCGUCAGGCUUGUGGACUUCGGAAACGUUGAAGACUGUGUGGACCCAAAAGCACUCUGCAACAUUCCCUCUGAACUUCUGAUGGUUCCCAUGCAAGCCUUUCCGUGCUGCCUCUCAGGAUUUAAUAUUUCAGAGGGUGUGUGCCCUCAAGAGGGAAAUGACUAUUUUUAUGAAAUAGUAACAGAAGAUGUGUUGGAGAUAACAAUAUUAGAAAUCAAAAAGGAUGUUUGUGAUAUCCCUUUAGCAGUUGUUGACUUGAAAAGCAAAGGCAAAAGUAUUAACGAGAAAAUGAAGAAAUAUUCUAAGAUUGAUAUUAAGAACAGUGAUCUGCCCUAUGAAAAAAAUGGCCCAGAGAUAAAGGGGGCUCUUGGGUCUCCUAGUUCUGAUGUUGGACUUAAGAAACCAAGUAGUAAAACUGGACAAGAGAAAAGACUAUAUGUGGAAGCACAGACAGAUGAGCUCUCCGAAAGAAUUGAAAAAGACUUAAAUAUUAUUGAAACCAAACCAAAUAAAUUCUACAACUCUGAAAUUGAUAACAUUUUUGAAGCUUUUGAAAACCCACACAAAGAUAAAAUUGGCCCUGAGGUACUGGAAGGUAAAGUAGAGUGCCAUUUGGUUGACAAAGCGAAGUUUGAUAACAAAUACCAAAUUACAGGGUUUAAUACAUUAUUACCACAAGCUUGUGAAACAAAAGAGAUAUUAGAACUUAAUUCACUUGAGGUGGCACUUUCUCCUGAUGAAUCAAAAGAAUUCUUGGAAAUAGAAUCCAUUGAGCUACAGCAUUCUCUAGUUGGGGAUGAAGAAAAUGAAGAGCCAGUCCUCGAGUCUCCGAUGGUGUCUCUCCCCCAAAGCUGUGACACAGAAGCCACCUUACAGCCAUUUACAGUGCAACUUCCCCUCACCUGUGAAGCUGAGAAACAGCCAGAACUAGAAUUACCUACAGCCCAGGUGUGUCUAGAUGACAAAAUAAAAUCUUUGUCUUUAAGAGUUAGCCAGAAAGCCCAAGAAUCCAUGUUUGCUGAGGACACAAGAAAGUCCAGUUGUGUGGAAUGUUUUGAUGACCAGCAUAGAUUGCCAUUGCAUCUACAUGGACAGGAUUGUGAUCCCAAAAUGCAGAUUGAAAUGAAUAUAUAUAAAGAAGAAUUCACAGAAUAUAAAAACAGAGAUGCCAUUUCAUCGUUGACUUCUUUGUUCCCUGAAGAUGAAUCCAGAGAUGGAAGGAAACACAGCAAUGCUCUACCAGCUUAUGUCUCAGCUCAACAAGAGAACACCUAUACUCUGAAAGGAUUUACUGUUGGAUCCAAAUGUGUUGUGUGGUCAAGUCUAAGGAACACAUGGUCUAAAUGUGAGAUUUUGGAAAUAGCUGAAGAAGGCACAAGGGUUUUGGACCUUUCAAAUGGUAUAGAGGAGAUAGUGAACCCUGAGAAUGUCUGGAAUGGCAUACCCAAAUUGGAUAAGAGUCCAUCUGAGAAAAGGGCUCUGGAGGUGAUAUAAGUUUAACCAUGGAUCAGUGGUUAUGGCCAGUCAAUCAGAAGCUGCUCUUAAACAAGUGAUGUCUUAUCCAGACCAACAGAGUAUUUGAGCCAAUUGAGAGCAUGUAAUCACAAGAAGGUGUCAUUUAAAAAAAAAAAGCUAUGUUAUAUAUUGAAAAUAAAAUAGGUCUCGGGUUGACUGUGCAGUGUUUUUAUAGUGGUAUUGCUAGAUAUAUGGAUCUGAGAUCUUUUUCUUUGAAUGUGUUAUGUUUCUAGUCAGUUGGGAGAAUUUAUUUUGCUAACCAAUUUGCUAACAUGUUAGUCACAUUUCUAAAAAAUGAUUUUUGUUUCUUCUAAAUAUAAUGUUUAAAUUGAAAUAGAAAAUUAUAGGUUUAUGACAAGUAUAUUAUACAACAGUACUUAGAAGGAUGGCUUUGUAACUUCUUCAGAAUUUUUGUUUUGUUUCUGAAGCCUUGCCUUGUCUGUCUAGUAAAACAUUUGAUUAAUAUUUUGUUCAAAUUUGGAAGUAUUCUGAUAUGACACAAUAUUUGAAUAAAGUUUAUUCUUAAAGGUG